AGAUAUGAACAUAACACUAUCGUGCCGUGUUCCGAUCCAUGCUUCUGGGUUGUACAUCUAGGUUGUUGUUGUAGGUUUUGAGAAGUCGUGUUGGUGCUGUAAGUCAUAUGUAGCAGUUAUGGUUAGGAAAAGAAAGUGCGCAGACUGGAAACCAGUACAGUUGACUGAAAAUUUAAUAUCCAAAGGAAUUGAAGGUUUAGUUGGAAUAGAGGAAUUGAACACUUAUGAAAUACUUCCAGGCGAUACCAGACGGAGUGUGUGCAAGAAAAAGUUUGGGAAGAGCUUUAGUGUCCUGUCUGCUGAUGGAAACGUUCAACUUAAAUCUGAAAAAAGGAAAGAAGAUUCCAUACAGCCAUCUCCUAAAAGGAAAAAAGUCAACCAUAAAAGGAAACACAGGAGAAAGGGUGUGACUGACAAAUCAAGAGAAGUGCUUGAAACUGAUAAAUAUGAAGCACAGUCAUCAGAUAGUGAAGUUGAAAGGAAGAGUGUGUCAUCAGAGUUACUGGACAAAAUGUCUGCUUGGAAUGGAUUAGGCAUUUCAAGCUCCAUACUGCGAGCACUCAGUGAACAGGGGUUUGUAGAACCCACAGAAAUUCAGGCCAAAACCCUUCCAGCCGCUCUCCUGGGCCGGAGAGAUAUCCUUGGUGCUGCAGAAACUGGGAGUGGGAAGACUCUGGCAUUUGGAAUUCCAAUUCUUCAUAGAAUUCUAGAAGACAAGAAAUGGAGCUCAGUUCACAAAGGAAGCACAAAUGAUGCUGAGUCAUACCAGAAAGAUACUGUUUCUGAAGACUGCGAUGAUGGGGACCAAUUUAUGGACGAUGUUUCCUUCCGUGUUGCUGCAGAAUCAAAGCUUUGUGCUCUAGUGUUAACCCCUACAAGGGAACUGGCGUUGCAGGUGCACAAGCACCUCACAGUUGCUGCUGCGUAUACUAGCAUUAAGAUAGCUGUUGUGGUGGGAGGUAUGGCAUCACAAAAGCAGGAACGCUUGCUAAGUCGCAGACCACAAAUUGUAGUUGCCACUCCUGGACGGCUUUGGGAGCUCAUACAAGAUGGUAAUCCUCACCUGUCCCAAGUUGGUAGUAUCAAGUAUCUUGCUAUUGAUGAAACGGAUCGUAUGCUGGAGAAAGGUCACUUUCAGGAAUUGCAUAACUUGCUGGAGAUUCUGAACGCAGAUGAAAACAAGAAGAGACUACGGCAGAAUUUUGUAUUUUCAGCUACCCUGACUAUGGUGCAUGAACCUCCUAGGCGUGUAAACAGACAGAAUAAACAGCUCAGACUCACCCCUGGGCAGAAGCUUCAGAACAUCAUGACAAUGCUUGGCAUUACAAACCCAAAAGUAGUGGAUGUAACAAAGGAAUCUGGGACAGCUGGGACCUUGACAGAAGCUCGCAUUAUUUGUGCCUUUGAGGAGAAGGACUUUUAUCUAUAUUAUUUCAUCCAGCGUCACCAAGGACGAACACUCAUUUUCUGCAAUAGUAUCAGCUGUGUGCGCCGCUUGGCACAGCUUCUCACCCUUCUGCGAUGUCGACCAUUACCUCUUCAUGCCAACAUGAUGCAGCGACAGAGACUGAAGAACCUGGAUCGUUUCCGAGAGGAUCCCCACGGCUUGCUGCUCGCAACAGACGUGGCUGCACGUGGACUGGAUGUCCCUGGUGUGCAGCACGUCAUCCAUUACCAGGUUCCGCGUACUUCAGAGAGCUACGUUCAUCGCAGUGGACGCACAGCUCGUGCACAGAAAGAAGGCCUUACGCUGUUGCUUGUAGAACCAGCAGAGGUUUCCUACUACACACGUCUGUGUAGAACACUUGGCAGAAGAAAGGACUUGCCAGUGUUCCCUGUGGAAAGUGAUUUAUUGGCAAUAGUGAAGCAACAAGUGAUUCUGGCAAGGGAGCUGGAUCAACUAGAACUGGCUGCUCGGAGAUGCAACUACGAGGCUGGGUGGUUCUCUAAAGCUCUGACAGAAAUGGAUAUGCUGAUGGAUGAUGAAGACCUACCGAAGCAAAUUGAUGACAGUGAAAGCAGCAAACUGAGGAGACUUGCUACUGCGAAGCGCAAACAGCUUACAGCCCUACUGCAUGUGCAUAGGCAACACUGUGAUGUGGACAAUGCUGUGACAGUGCUGCAGUCUGCUGGUAACACCAGGGUCAGGCCUCAGAAAGACAAAACUGGGUUUAUGAAGAGGAAACGUAAUAAUAAGAAUAAAGUUGCAGGACGUGGUUUGCAGCACAAAGCCAGCAGCACCACAAGAGCUCUGGCAAGAAACUGAACGGUCUUGUGCAGCGUCCUGGCUGCAGUGUUGAUGGCCGCUGAUCAGUCGAUUGCUCUCCACUCUCAGCUGUUCCAUGAAAUUCACUGUGACGAUUUUGACAGUUCUGUAUUUGCUUAUUCACCAGGUGCCAGUGCUGACGUAUGUAAUGGUUUAGUUUAUUAAAAUGUAUUUAUUUCAUUUACUGAA